UGUCCCUCUGUCCGUCGAAAGGGCACUGCUUGUACCAAGUGCUGGAGGAGACGCCUGCGGAAAAUCAAAAUCUUGCAGCACUUCACGCCGACGGGGCUCUGUCAUGAGGAGGCAGACAAGAUCGUAACCAGGUCGGCAAGCCCGGAAGACGGCAGCGAAGGGUCCGACGACGAUGUUGAGGGCUACAACGUGCUCUUAGAUUCAGACUAGACAUAGUUUAAACCUCUUAUUUUUUUCUCUUUCUUUUUAUUUUAUCACACUGUACGUCUGCUUGUCAUGUUGCCACCGCCUCCAAAGACUUACUGCGCCUUCGGCACUGCUUGUGACUCGUGUCCAGAGGGACGAGAACGCGGACUCGACAUAUGCUCAUGGUGUAAGAACAUGAGCUUUGAUGAGCUUUACAAGCGAGCAGAGACGCAGCCCGACAGCGAGCCCAUCAAGCACAUCAUCAACGCAUACAAACAGCAACUCGAAAGGGACAGUGCCGAGCGUAUCAGAAAAGGGUGGACAUUUCUAUGUGCCUGUAAAGACCCAGCAUAUCGCUCUCAAGCCUGGCGUCGCGACUUCAACCCAAAAGACUCGCGUCUCUGUGGCACGGUACGCCAUCGCGGACAGCUAUGUACGCGCUGCCUUCGCAAAGCAAUCGAACAAGAGUGCUCGUGGCUCGAAGAGUUUGACGGCGACCGCGUCAGGUUCCCAUGCGCGUUCGAAGACGCCAGGCUGCGACGGCGCAUCGAUGCCAACUGGAAGACGGGACCAGUCGACAAGUACGGGCAGCCAGACCCAAGCUGGGAGAAGGACCCAAGAAGAGACGGUCGUUGCGAGAGAGCCAGGUUCCGCAACCAGCUCUGCCAAAAGUGUUACAACCGCAUGUGCGAGAUCCGAGGCUUUGGGCGAUACUUUGACUCGGAGUGGGGCAUACUUCGCAAAAGAUAUGCGGCGUGACAGAGGGACCCUGGACUGCGAUAUCGUCGCCAUGACCCCGCACUUGUAAUUACAGGAUUCAGGGGCACGCAAAACUUGGCCUAAUUUGUUGGGCAAUUCAGAUGCAACCUGUCGGGUGUGUGGGGACAUUGGGCUGCGCAGUCGAUUGGUGUUUUUUUCUGAAAAGCCAUCUGAUGCUUUUCGGUCUGUUUGCGUGUCCGGACUGCCCGAUUAAGGUUAGGAAGAUAGGAUCAUGUGGUCACAGUAUCACGACUUUGUGGGUGCCGUGGUGCAACCCAAGCGGGCGUUUCUCAGCAAGCAUAUUGGAGACACGGCCAGAAGCGCAGGAUAUACCUGGUGACAUGGGGGCAAGAGGUGUGCAGGGCAUGACAUCAGGUGGAGAUUAAGGUUUGUGGUGGACGAGGUAUGG